UAUUGGCAGUCACUCUUCCUUCUCAUGUCAACUCAUCAGACAACAUCAGCCCCCAGCCUUCUCUGACCUCUCUACGUACGUUGUCUUCCGGCUUGUUUUUCUUCAGUUCAACGAUCAGCCAAACUACGUCCCAAGAGAACCAACUGCCAAGUGUUUUAUUAUGCUGAUGAUGGCGGCAUCGAUGGAGGAUCAUCAGAUGGAGUCGAGCGUCCCGCCGGGGUUCAGGUUUCACCCGACUGAGGAAGAACUCGUGGGUUACUACCUCACGAGGAAAAUCAACUCGUUGGAGAUAGAUCUCGAUGUUAUCGUGGAGAUCGAUCUCUACAAGAUGGAACCGUGGGACAUUCAAGAUAGAUGCAAGUUCGGCUACGACGAACAGAGCGAGUGGUACUUUUUCAGCCACAAGGACAAGAAGUACCCGACCGGAACAAGAACCAACAGAGCCACCGCAGCGGGGUUCUGGAAGGCCACGGGAAGGGACAAGGCCAUCCUUUCCAAGAACAGAGUCAUAGGAAUGAGGAAAACCCUGGUCUUCUACCGAGGACGCGCCCCGAACGGAAGGAAAACUGAUUGGAUCAUGCAUGAGUAUCGACUCCAGAAAUCCGAGAACGAACCGCCUCAGGACGGAGAAUGGGUCGUCUGCCGAGCAUUCAGAAAGCCGAGCAUGAACCAAAGAGUGGGCUUCGAAGCUUGGAAUCACGCUUACUACGUCCGAGAUUACAGCAGUGUUAAUGCUACCACUUCGAUGUCUAACAUCGCAACUGAUAAUCUCAGUACCCAUCAUCUUACUAAUUUCCAGCAACAAGCUGUUUUAGAGAAUGAGAUAUUCGCCAACCAUCCUAGCUUUUCGGACAAUCAGCAACUCACGGAGCUUCCCCGACUAGUAAAUGAAGACUGCGAAGAAGAAAGAUUCAGCAACGGCGCUAGCAGCCAAUACUUCGACUGGAAGAAUCCCGGGGACAUACUUGCUUCCACCUCCGAAUUCCCAAGCCACGGCAAUUUCACCCAAGAAGUGGAAGACAAGAAUCACGUCGGCUAUUUCCUCGGAUGCUUUCCUGAUUCAUAGUAUCAUCAGAUGGAACUGACAAGCACCGCACCAUUCCUCAAUAUCCUUCGGGUUUUCAACAGCCACGAUUAUUUUCAAAGUGUUCAUAGACUACAACACAUAUAUAUGCUCAUCAUUUAGUAAUAUGGAAGAUCUUGUUAAUUGACUUGAUUUAAAAGCUGACCUUGUCAUUAGGUUGCUAUGGGAUUGUCAGCCCAUGCGAAUGCGAUGCAUUUUUUAUUGCAUGGUCCGGUCCGCUUAAGCGGAAAGAUGAUCGAAUCGAUCGUCAUGUAAUAAUGGUCCAACAUAGAUCUUUUAUCUGUAUGGCUUAUGGAAUCGGUGCAAAGUUUUAUUCACCAUUAAUCACUUGUGAUUU